UUCAGACCCAUUCACGAGUCAAAACAUAUCUGUUUCCCCCGGAGGAGCAAUUUGCAAUACUAAUGUCGGGCCAUAUUUCUCAAUUUAAAUCAGAACAAGCUUGAUAUUGUGCAAACAGAUGAAUUUGGAAAAUUAAUUCAAGCCCAGUGGUAUGUAUUUCGAAGGUUGUUAUGGAGGUUAGAGAUGAAAUAAAGCGAAGUGAAAGCACUGGAAGAUGUCAGGUUCUGUAGUAGUCUCGCCAUUGUAGGAUCUCUUAACACCAUGGAAGGUGAACCCUCACCACGUAUAGUGAGGGUGGCGGCUGAUCUCCCAGAACCUGUGGUUAGUUGUAGGGAUGAAGACAGCGAUGACGCAAUGGUGUACAGCGUAAGAGAAGACAGAAUUCCGUUGAUUUCCCGAGCUGUUCCUUCACGUCAGGGCAGCGUCGUAUACGUAUGCUUCCUUGUCCUCGGCCUGGCCACUCUCCUUCCGUGGAACUUCUUCAUAACAGCACAGACGUACUGGGAAUACAAAUUCCGCAAUGUCUCGGCCGACGGAAGUACCAGCGGUGAAAAUACGUAUUUGCAGGACCUGUAUGCUCCAAUGCAGGUGUGCUUUUGUCAAAUUACAAACUUCACCUUCUUGUUCAUCAACAUGCUGCAUAGUUACAAGAUCCCCCACCGCAUAAGAAUGUUGUCUUCGUUGACCCUGAUGAUUAUGCUCUUCUCCUUGACUGCCGUCUUUACUCAAAUUGACACUGACGAAUGGCAGACUGGGUUCUUUGGCUUCACUGUUGUCACCAUAGUUUUGAUUAGUGCGUCUGGAGCAAUGUUCCAAGGAGUCUUGUUUGGCGUGGCGGGCGUAUUUCCCGAGAGGUUCAUGACGGCCGUCAUGUCUGGGCAAGCCCUAGGGGCAGUCUUCGCAUCAGUGGCUCGCAUAGUGUCCCUCUCCGUCGGAGCAGCGAAUGCAACUUCUGCUUUUAUCUACUUCAUGAUUGCUGUUGCUGUUAUGAUUUUCACUUUAGGGACAUAUCUCUAUAUGAACACUACUGAGUUUUACAGGUACUAUACAGAUCCAGAGCAGUUGGAAAAGGCCAUCAUCAUCCCAAGAGACAUAACUCAAUCUCAUCACCUUCAGAUCUUGAAACAGAUAUGGCCUGAAGGGGUGUCUGUUCUCUUUGUGUUUUUCAUUUCCUUGGCUGUGUAUCCUGCUCUGUGCGUUAAGAUUGACUCCACUUCUGCUGACGAAGAUUGGGCAAAUAUAUACUUCCAGCCUGUGGUAACUUUUCUACUGUUUAGUGUCGGUGACUAUUUAGGUCGGCAAAGUUCUGGGUUUAUUUCGUGGCCAAGACGUGGCUCCAAGAUACUUUACGUUCUGGUCUUCUGCCGCAUCAUUUUCAUUCCUCUGUUCCUCUUGUGCAACCACGACCCCAAGUCAUCCAUACCAACUGUGUUCGAUCAAGAUGCCUACUACAUUGUCUUCAUGCUGCUGUUCGCGUACUCGAAUGGUUACCUCUCCUCUCUCUGCAUGAUUUAUGGACCCAAGUUGGUUUCAGAAGACAAAGCAGAGUUGGCAAGUGCCAUCAUGAUAGCUAUGCUUGCUUUUGGACUCAUGUUGGGAGGCAUCUCUUCAUUUGCAUUUGCGUUGAUUAGUUAAAGUACGCUCAUUUAUUUUCGCUAGGUAUGAUAUGAUAAUAGUAUAUUGCACGUUUCUUCGUUUUUUUAACAUUGCCUUUUGAUCUUGGCUUAGUUUUAUAUUCUGAUGUGAGUGUUAGAUACUAUAUCUUUUAUACAAGGAUGUCAUGCACUGAUCCCAUUGAAAACUAAGUGUAAGAAUGUGCACAUUGCAUCGUAGUGCAUGUGUUAUUUAGACUCAGAUUAAACACACAAGUUUUGCUUAUGUUACAUUCUUCUGUAUUGAUAUGAAAUACAAUUCAGUACAAGAUGUAUGAUAUUCACAAAAAUAGCUUUUUAUAAUAUAAUUUCAUAUUCAUUUGAUGACAUCGAAAAGUUAUCAGAGAAGAUAUUUGUUACCAGUAUGAUUUGUCAUAUUGCGCUGUGUCACGAACGCAUUAUUUUUAAAGAAAGACAAGUAACUGUUCAGUAUAUAUGAACAGUAACCAGAAUCCUAAUACUGCUUCAUUUUUAUUGAUAGAGAUAUGACUAGUGUACAUGCUUUUAAAAACAUUUUGAAUAUGUGUGAAGAUGUGGCCUUUUGAUUUUAGCUAUGUUACCACAUUCAAACGAUAGUAUUUUGCACUUCCUAUUGAUUGGUAUUAUAGGCAUACUUAUGUAUUAAUAUCACUUCCAGAUAUUCCCAAUAAUCUUAAGGGUACUAGUUGCUAUUGUAGACUAUUUUUAUAUGGAAAGGCAGGGGCAUGUUAAAGCUUCAAGAUUAUGUUAAUAGUUUGGUAAUUUAAAAAAUGCCGUAAUUGCCUAAGUUUAAGAACAAAGCAUCCCAGCUAGAACUAAGUCAAUAGAAACGCUGAAUUGCUCCAGUGGUCUCGCUAUACUGUUUAGAAACAAUAUAAUAAUAAUGAUGGUAAAACAAAUAGCUCAUAAGUGUAUAGACUAUUGGUAUUUCGCUAAGAUAUUUAAGAAAGCAUGAGUAAGUUUUCUCGUUAACUCGUAUCAUGGCUACCAUUCUUUUUCUUGGGACAGUAUAAGCAAAUCCUCUUCAGAUUAUUCUCAUGAAGUGAGAGGUUUUGAUUCUUGUUUUUUUUUUUUAACAAAAUAUAUCUCCAAAUUCAAUUUGAUGGGGAUUUCUGUGAUAAGUUAUAGGCACAAUCAUAUUUACAUGCCAGAUAUAUGCAUGCAUUUUAGUAGUAACUCCCCUCUCUAUCUUUCUCUCUCUGUCUGUAGAGUGGGAACUUGUAUGGUAGUAGUAUUUUUAUUCACCUCUUGUAUAUCAUACCUCUUUGUCUUUGACAAAGGCCAUCGCAUAGUAUAGAUAGAAAUUUGCCUUGCAUAAGAGUGUUCCUCUGCAAAUCAAGUGCUCUGACAAUUGAAGAUUCAGUGUGUUAAGAAGAAAAGUAUUCUGUUUUAGCCAAACUAUGUAUGAAUGGUCUUAUUGCAUAAUGGUGGUUAACAGUAAGGUAUUGUGUGAAUUUCAAAUUUGGAAUAAUCCAUCUUACCAUAAAACUGAAAUUUCUUUCCCUUUCCCAAUGCUUUCUAGGUUAUGUGGCAUUUCAUAAUUAAUGUUUUAUAAUAGUGUUUACUAUAAUCUUUUCAAAACUAUCAUAGUAUACCAAGUGUUACAUGAAUUAACUGUUUCAUUCUAGAUCACCAUUAUUAACAUUUACAUGUCAGAUUUUGCAUUUUGGGUUAGGUAUCGAAUGAGUUCCGUUCAUUUAUUCCUAUUUUUUUCUGACUUAAUCUUUGUUCUUAAUCUAUGAUUUUCUGACCCAGCCCAUUGGCCGUGUGUUGCCGUCUCACUCCUUAGAUUUCAGGCUAUUUUCAUGCCAUCAGACACUGCACCUCUGAUAGUCUUCAUUUACACUACAAUAUUCCCAGCACACAGCUGCAUUUCUCUCUUAUUUACCAGGUUGCUGGUACUCUUAUCUGACUGCCUUCCACUUUGCAUUAGAAAGAGAGCAUGAAAUCUUGUGGCUGCAACACUGUUGUGGUCAGUGAUUCAUUCUGGAAUGCAUGACAUUUCAAUGGCCUCAUAUUUACUUUGUUCGAAUUGCAGAGAUGUGGUACUGCAGUUUGCCUUAAUGUAUCACUAGGUAGAAGUUAGUAAUGAUGAUUAGAAAACUUUCAUUUCAGUAUUUUUGAAAGUGAGGUCUCGGGCAGCCAGGAUGUACUCCUUUGUGAAUUAAGUAAAUCAUUCGAAAUGUGUGGUAGCCUAGACGUUCACUUCUGUCCUUGGAGAGAAUGGGUAAAAAAUUGAAGCUUAACAGUAUAGUACACAUUUACAGAUUGUCCAUUAGGAAUAAAGACAUGCUUACAUAAUUAAGAAGAUUUAAAUUUUGUUGAUAGUCUGCAUUGAUGAAGAUUGUGAUUUACAUAAGAGGUCACUUUUUAAACUGCCAGUGUUUGAAUGACUGAAAAAGCAGUUAUGAAUCUCCUCAUAACGAGGCUUACUUUAAUGUUUUUAUGGUCUAUGGUUCUUUUUUAAGGAUAUUUUUAGAUUUUCUUUGUUAAGAAACACAAACUGUAUCCUCACUCAGGUACUACUGCAUAAGAUUCAGUGGACCAUUACUUUCGUGGUAAUUGUGACAUUUUUGACUAUUUAAAUUUUGAUUUUUUUUUGGUGCAAAGGCAAAUGAAUGCCAUUUUCUAGCCCAGUCUUUAAAAAGAAUAUUCUGGGAUUCAAAUAUGAAGGAGGUGACUGAAUUACGCCGUAACGAAAAAAGGACUUGAAUCAGGAAAAACAGAUGAGCAGGAAGAGAUUUUCAUAGCUUGAUAUGAUAUUAUUAGGUUAGUUACAAUCGUUGAACUGCAUGAAUCUGAUUUCCACAAAGUUAAUGGAAGAAGAGGCAACGUAGCAGGUAUUACAAGGAAGCACAAGAGGUGGCGAAAUUCACUACUUCAACACAAUACAGUGAAUAAAAUAGAACAUGAAGGAAAGCAAGAAAGAAACUAACUUUGCAGACAAGGUUAAGAUUAUAAGUUGAAUUGAAAGUUUGAUUGUUGAUUAAACAAACUUACUUGAAUUCAUUCCUGUUGUGAGAGGAGGCAAAAGAAGAUGCAGUACUUUAAACAGGGACACAAUGAAACUUCAAUAACUGAGUUGAAAAAAGGAAUGAUUUAGUGGCAGAUGUUGUUUAAAUAGUGGAGCCUCCUGAAGACAAGGUAGCAGCAAUUUGGACAUUUAGAAUGUUGAUAGAAGUGAAAACUUCAGUGAUAUUGACAUAAGUGAAUUUGACUAAGUUCUGAAGUCACCACAAGAUCAAAUAGAAUGAAUGAGGACACUCCAAGAUCAAGUGAGAUCAGCAAAAGAAAGUGGAUAAGUGAAAAAGAAAUAUAUAGAGUUGAGUAAUCAGUAAUAACUUAAGUAUUAGAGGAGAUAAACUGCAGAAGCACAAGCAGAGAUGGGGAAGAGAGUGGAUGUUGUAUCAUCAUCAUCAAGAACAAAGUUAAAUAGUUGGAUGUAAAGCUGGAUAUAUGCUUACAGAGGGAAAGAGUUGAGCUAUAAGCAGGAAAUGUAGUUAACCAAUGCUCUGGGGAUAUUAAAGAAUAACAGAUGGUUAUUAAAGAAUAACAGAUGGUUCUCCAAAGUCCUUUAGAGGUGGACAGACAUCAGCAUGAAAAUGAAACGGAGUGGAGUGUUUUUCAAAUACUUUUGUAAUUAGAUCUAAAAGUAACUGCACAAUAAUUGAAAGAAUAAUUGGCCACUCUUCACAAGGAUUGACGGUACCAGUGCCAGCAGAGAACAGAAGACUUUACUUGCAUAGUUCAUGAGAACACUUUGCUAUUCUGAAAAGGUGCAAGAACCUUACAGAACACGAUAAGCAGAGAAUAAUCGGGAUUAUGUUGGUUUAGACAUAGGUAGAGGAAGAGGAUCAUGGACACUUGGAUUGCUGGAGACGUUGUCCAUUACACCAGGAGAGCAGGUGAUAGAUGUUUGAAGACUUACAAAAGGGUGCUGUGUACAAUUCCCCUCCUUUAAAAUGAAAGUAUGAGGAUAAGUUAUUGUGAAAUCUAAAGAGAACUAUGGGGAGCUUUGAUAGACAGCUGAGUUUUGAAAACAAAGGGAAUUUUGGAAGUCAGACUCUGAAUAUUAGAUAUUAUUUUAAUGGGAUGAAAUUACAAAAAAUGCAUUUAUAACCAGCCAUGUAAGAGUCAAGAACUUCGACUCACUGGUCUGGGUAAAAUGCUGUGCUGUAUGGUCAUUAAUUUUUCUAUUGGGUGUUUAAAUUAGAUAAGAAUUUGUCAGUCUGUAUUUAUAUAAAGGAGAAUCUCAUUCUGCUAUGGAAUUUUUUUCCAGACAGUAAAAACAGUUGUAUAAGAAAAUUAUUUAAUAGUUUUGAGCAGAUCCCUCGAAGUGUUCAGUUCUUUACGUAGUCUUCUGCUGUUCGUGUACUGUACCUGAUAAUUGAUAUUUAUAUAUUCUUCAUAGAAUGCAUAUUAAAACGAUGACAAAGCUGUGAUUUAUACUAUUCCUUGGGAAGACUGUCAAAACUGUUGCUUACAGUAUUCUGUGUUCAGGUUAAUUUUACAGAUUUUCAAGUUACUCGUGUCCAUCGUUAUUGUGAGUUUUUAUUAAAAUGUCCUGAUUUUUUAUCCACUUUAUCUAUUGUUUGAUGUUUGGUUAUUGUGGUACUCUCUUUGACAAAAUUUUUUGACGUAACAUUGAGCUUUGACGGUGAAAAAUGUAAUACGUAGUGCUUUUCAACGUAAAUGAUACUUUGCAAUUGAAUAGAUUUGAUUUAUUUUAGUACCAAGAGUUUUGCUGAUUGAUGGCUUAUAAUAUAAAGGAUUACAUAAAUGGAGAACUUAUUUAUGUACUUACUGCUUUCUCUUUUCGUAAUUAGGUGUUGUGUACGUAUAUUAUUUCUCUCACUUAUAUUAUCCUUGUUUUUUUCAAGUGGCCUUUUGUUUCUAUGAGCAGUCCUUUUUUUUUUUCAUUUUAACUGGAGAUCAAUUAGAAAUGCUUCUAUAUCAUAUUUCAGUUUGGCAUGUUGGAAAGAGGUCCAAAACUAACUUGAAUGUUAAUUAACAGUUUUGCUAGGCUUGUGAGACAAGAAUUUUAACACUUGCUUGGUUAAACUGUUAUUGAUAAUUAACAGUUUAACAUCUUGAACAUCUAACUACUUUUUGUCUCUUGCCAGUAACCCCAUAAACAGAUGUGUGAGGUAUAUUUUAUUAAUCUUUCCUCCGGGUAUGUUUUCAGUUGCCUUUUCUGAAUGGCAUAAGAACUAAAUCAAGCUAAGGGAUGAGAGUAUUGCCAAGGCCCAGGGACAAGUUUGUCUCGACUGUUUAGAAUAAGACAGUAUUUUGUAUAAUGUAAGUGUCCAGCCUGUUUGUUCUUAAGAAUGUCUCCGUGUUAUUGAUAACGAAAGCAUAGUUUUACUGAAAAAGUGCUUGUGCUAGAUGAUAUUUUAUUUUUUAGUAUUUAAAGACUGCACUACUAUUGUUAUAGCUAAACUCAUUAAAUAUCUUUUUCA